GAUAAAUAGUCGGUUUUGCAUAAAUGCCUGUGUGUUAUAUUUUAAUGAUUUACAUGUUAUUGAUAUAAAACAGAUUAUUAUGAAUCUAUAGACAUAUCCCAGUAUGUCUUCCGAACAAACUCAAUUCAAACCCGUCUUAAAGAAACAUGGACAAGUAAUAAUAGAAGACGUUCCCGGACUUGUAUUUUGUAAACCCCGUCUGAUACCCCUUAAAAGCUAUACAUUAGAAAAACUAGAGAAGAUGCAACAAGAAGCACAGAAAGUGCAAGAAGAAAAUAACACACAAUAAGGCAUAAGUGAUUGUGGUAUUUGUAAAUUGUAUUUUAUUUCAAAAUGAGCUAUACACCUUUGGUAUCAACAAUAUUGUUAUCUUUUAUAUUAUCGUCGUCAGUUUUGUACCGAUAUGGGAAUUGGUUUAGGCAUCGUUUAAUUGUAACAUUAGUUGUGCUGCUAGCUUGGUAUUGCAGUUUUCUUAUUAUAUUCGCUUUGCCUUUAGAUGUUAUUUCGACUGUAUAUCGUCAGUGCAGCAAGGAAGACAUUGAUGAUAUCACAACAGAAAAUUCAAAUUAUACAUUGCAUCCCACAAACAUUUCCGUAAAUGACUGUGAACCUCCUUGGACUAAUUUACCCAAAAGAGUAUUUGAAAAUUUAUGGCGCACAGUUUAUUGGAGCACACAGUUUUUAACAUGGAUGGUGAUGCCCAUGAUGCAGUCUUACAUAAAAGCUGGAGAUUUUUCCAUCAAAGGAAAACUAAAAUCCGCUUUAAUAGAUAAUGCGAUUUAUUAUGGAUCCUAUUUACUUAUCUGUGGUGUUUUGUUAGUGUAUCUUGCACUUAAAGGCAUUCACUUAGAUUGGAAUAAAUUAAAAGCAAUUGCUUCGUCUGCUAGUAAUACAUGGGGAUUGUUUUUACUGGUUCUCUUGUUCGGAUAUGCCUUAGUAGAGGUGCCAAGAAGACUUUGGAAUAAAUCUAAUCACAGUUUAACUCUAACUGAGUCCUAUUUUAAAGCAGCAAAGUUAAGCUCAGAUAGAUGUGAGGCAGAAGAAACUGUCGAUGAUGUAUUAGAGUCUCUGCAAGCGGUAUCAUUGGCAGUGCGACCUGGUCAUCCAUUUUAUCCAUAUUUGGAAACAAUAUUGAUAAAAGUACCUGCAGAAUUGCAAGACAGGAUGAAGAGACGACAGUUGCCAGAUGAUACCCCAACUGAUGUGCCUAGUGAAAAAGCUCUGAUUCGGCUUCAUAAACAAACUAUAAAAGCCUUACAAGUUCUACAAAGAACUGAAACACAGUGGAAUCUAAUGGUCGAAAAAAUUUUCGAAUUAGAAGACACUUUAAAAAACCAAAUAUCUCGAGAAAGAGUAUUUAAAAGAACCUUCGAAAAGAGGCACAGUUGGUUUGGAAGGUACAUCUACACAUCGAAGAUCGAAUGGUACUGGAAGUGUCUACUGUACUGCUAUACCCAAAAACUGUUAGCUGUUCUAGCUGGGAUAUUUUCGGUCUGCGUGGUGUGGUCAGAAGUGACAUUCUUCAGUGCCAGUCCCCCACUUUCGAUCUUUGCAGUUAUAGUGAAUGCUGCUAGAAGUCAUUAUGAUUAUUUCACAAUCGAGAUAUUGUCAACAAUAACAAUAUUAUAUAUGUGCUACUGCGCGUUUUCUACAGUACUUAAAAUAAGAGUACUCAAUUUAUAUUACCUUGCCCCUCAUCACCAAACAAACGAGUACAGUCUAAUAUUCUCCGGAAUGAUGCUGAGUCGGCUCACUCCACCACUGUGUUUGAAUUUCCUCAGCUUGAUCCAUAUGGACAGCCACGUACUCCACACUGACGUCUCAGAAACUUCCUACACGAAGAUCAUGGGUCACAUGGAUAUCAUCGGCAUAAUUUCUCAUGGCUUUAAUAUUUACUUCCCCAUGGCUAUACUUGCCUUUUGUCUUGCUACGUAUUUUAGUCUAGGAUCUAGGAUAUUGUCAAUGGUCGGAUUUCAUCAAUUCAUCGGAGACGACGAAAUGACUACUGAUUUAGUAGAAGAAGGUAGAGAAUUGAUAAAACGAGAAAAGCGUAGAAGACAGAGAGCCGAAGAAUCAUCAACUAGACGUAGAGAAUACAAUGAAAGAUUCCCGUCAACGGGAAGAUUUAGGCAGCCUAGAAACAGUACCGAGAUAGUACGGCAAAUGGAGGAACUGGACACAAGCCGCUCAGUCCUCAGAGACUCGCACGGUUUAGAUUCCUACAACGGCACUAGAUUCGCUUCCGAAGUGGACACCCGAUUCCCACCGAGCGAAGACGACAUCGACUCCCGAUUCGGGGCCAGUACGAGAAUCAACGAACGGAUGAACUCCAACGAGUUGGAUCCCAGAUUUUCGGACAACACCUUUCAGCUGGAUGGUUACUAUAGGAACAACAGGGUAGGCGGGCCGCCCCGAGGUAUUUUCGACGAUGUUUAGAUCUUGUCAGAGUUGUUUUAGAUCGUGACAAGACAUUUCGUAACGGAUAAUUCGUAACGCCGUCAAUUCGUAACAUCAAAAUGGAAUUAUUCUGAUUCUUUUUGUGAACGUGGAAACUAACUUUUAUUAGAGUUACUAUUGAAAUUACGUUUAUCAAUUUAACGAACCAGCAUCAGGAUAAACAUUUUUUUCUACGACCGUUUAAUACUAUGCUCUUUAUUCACUAUUUUUGAAUAGAUAAUAACACCUAUUACUUUACCCGUGAGUAAUAGUUCAUUACUCACGGGUCAUUACUCACGGAUUGAAGUUAGGUUCAAGUGGUCAUGCCAAUUUUAAUGUAUUAGUCCUAUAUAAACUGCAAAUGAAAAUAAAAUUACUUAAACUUGUUUAUUAUUACAAUAAUUAUUGUAAUUUAUAUCAAUAAUUAACUUUUUAAAGGAUAAUAACUUAAAAAAAUUUUAAAGAAUUUUUCACUGUAACAAUGGGUCAGUACAUUUUUUAUGUUUAAAUUGCAUCAUUUGAAUAUUGGAUGUUACUAAAAGAUAAACGUAAACAAUGAGUACUAGUUCCGUAAACUGUUACUAUAAAAAAGGGUAGACUGUUUACAGAUAUGAAAUUUAUAUCAAUGAAUUCUGUUUUACUUACUGAUGAUUGUACAAUAAAUUUUUAUCUGGGGCAAACGUUCUUUUUCAUGUAAUUGCCAUUUAAAAUAAAAUUGUCAUUUUUAAAAGUCACCUCCAUUACCCUCCAUUAUAUACCAUGAAACAACACGAAAUGACACUAAUGACAACUGUUUCAUAAGCUCAAAAAGUAAUUCUAAAGUGUUGCCAUAGUUAUAUAAAAUGUUUUCUUAUGAAAAAUAAAAUCUUUCGAUUUUUAAAUGUUAGUAGCUGAUAAUUAUAUUUUUCUACUAAUUAAAAUUAAAAAAAGGUCGUAAGAAAAAGAAUAGUAUUCUACUCGUAUAUAAUGAAUUACUCUGAUGAAUUACGACGUCGUAAACUUCAUCAUCGUGAGUAAUAGUUAUCAUUACAUGCUCGUUGAAUAAUAUACUGAUAACACAUUUGAUAUUUCGUGGAAAAAUAUAUUUUUAAAAUUAUGUCUUAAAAUAAAUAUCUAUUAAUGUAAAUUGUAUUCAGGCCCGCCAAGAGGAGGGUACAGCCGGUACAUUUUACCGAGGCCCGGCGAUGUAAGGGGCCCGGCGUCGACCAGACCAAAGACGUAAUUUUUCCCGUUUUUUGCUCUUCACUUUAUGUGCAUAAUGCGUUUAAUUAACACUCGGCUAUAUUUUAUAUGAGCUUUACCUCUAUUUUAAAAUAUAUUUUAUUGUUUUAUUCUAAAAACGGCGCAAGAAGCUUGCCAGAUUUUUUGAUGAUUUGUCUGGGCCUAGUAGUGACGUGACUGAUAAUUUUGAGCCCGACGAAAUAUUUUGCUGUGAAAUAUUUAAUAUUGUCAGAGAUUUUUUAAGCAAUUUAACCCGCUGAAGAGAAAAUAUCCUUUAGUUGUCUCUCUCGCAUUAAAAAUGCUAUGAGAUAUACAAUGAAAUAGGAUCGGUUAACUGGCCUAGCAAUUGUACAUUGAUGAUUUGGUAAAAUCUUGCGAUUUUUCGAAAAUUAUAGACAUCUUUGCCAAUCAAAAAACUCGAAAAGUACCUGUACUGUAAGUAUUAUAAAAAUUUUCCCUAUAAAUAUAAUCAAAAUUUAAUAAAAUUUAUAAUUGAACUGUUUCUUAUUAUUUAUUAUUAAUAAUUUUAUUUCUUAUAAAAAUUAAACAAUUUUUUUCGUUCUUCAUUUUUUGCGGGGGCCCGCUCUUCACGUGUUACCGAGGCGCGCUCAUCCCUCUCGGCGGCCCUGAUUGUAUUAAUUAUUAUAGUAAAUGCAUUAUUAUUAAACUGCUUUUAUGUCUUUCAUUAUUUGUCAGACUUGGUUUUACUACUUUAAAGUGAUAAUUCAAGAUAAAAAAUUUUAAAAAAUUCUUUAGUUGUCAUAUUAACAAGAAUAUAUGCAAAAAAAUGUGUGAAGUAUAUUUAAAAAGAAGUGAUGUUAAAGAAGUACCAUUACUUUUAGUAUAGGAAUGUAUGUAAAACGCGUUUUUGUAUAAAUUAGAUAAUACCAAAUUUGCUAAAACAAUUAAAUGGCGGCGUUACGAAUUGACGGCGUUACCAUUUUUGGGGUUACGAACUUGUGCGUUACGAGAUGUCAUGGGGCCGUUCGAGAUAUAUUUUCAAUAGUAAGUGGCUAUGCACAUAGAAGCACUUUCGAUGUGAUUUGUUUUUCAGAGUAUAAGAUAAAUAUAAUGCAGAUCUUCUGUCUUUAACAAAAACUAUUUUUUACAUGUAAAUAACAGAAAAAUGUUUAAAAGUCUCCAUAGUAUUUGCAAUAAAUUUGCGCUUAUUUAAAACUCUCCACAGUAAUAUAGCAGAUAUUUCACUUGUCAUAGCCUAAUAUCCCACUGCAGAAUCACUACGUUCAUAACUUGGUUAAUUAAAAUCAUAUUUUUAUAAAUUUAAGAAUAGGAGAAUACGUUGAUAACAGUUUAAUUAUUUUUUUCUAAUAUGACGAUAUAAAGUUGCCCGUGAAAAAAAUAGCCGCAAAGUAGGGUUGCCAGCUGUUAAAAACGCGAGGUAUACCCUAUUCCACGAACAUACGCCUGUUUUGGAUUACUUCGACAACGAAUAUUUUACUGUGCAAAAUAAGAAGAACGAAAGUAAAUUGCAAAUUACAUUGUUGUUUAUUGGAAUAAUUAUUAGCGCCAUUUAAUUUCGUACUUCUUAUGUUGCACAGUAAAAUAUUCGUUGUCGAAGUAAUCCAAAACAGGCGUAUGUUCGUGGAAUGGCCCAUAUCAGAGAUAAGGCGAAAGAAAGAUAGCGCACAACGCCACUGGUUUGACAAGGUAGACAAUGGUUGAUGGCGAAUGGGAGGUGUUAAAGCAGUCAUCUCGUCACACCAGUGGCAUUGCGCGCUAGCUUUCUUUCACUUUAUCUCUCAUACCUCGCGUUUUUAACAGUUCUCAACCUUAAUUUGCGGCUAUUUUUUACAUGCACCCUUUUAUCAUCGUAUUAGAAAAACAAUUAGCUUUAGUUUGAUACAAAAAGCAUGCACCUACGUCAUGGACGAAAUUUUGUUUCAAAAAUGAAUUACUAUUGAUUUAAUUAAAACUAUUUGCGGCCACUUUUUGACUGGCAACCUGUUAUCAAUGUAUUCCCCUAUUAUUAAAUUUAUAUAAAAAUGUAAUUUUAUUAGUGAUUCUGCAAUGACAGAAACAAAACAGUAACAAAUAAAUCUCUGGCAUAAAUAUUAGUGUCUAUUUCUGCAGUUGUAAUAACAAUUAAAUCUCAAAAUUGUGUUAGAUGGAAGCUCUACUUUAUAAAGGCAACUCUCCUUAUUUCAGGCAACCCUUUUUUUCUAGUUUGUUGAUUGUUAAGUUUUUUUAUUGUAGAAAUCUUAUAUAAAUUGUAUUAUGACUGUUUUAAUAACCAGAAGUUUUUAGUAACAUAGAAAACCACUAUAUUAAGGUUUGAAAUACAUUUUAUUAUGCAAUUGAUUAUAAAAAUAUGACUUCCACAAGUCGGACGAAGCUGAAUCUGGUGAAUAGGGUGGACGUUAAAACAAUUUGUACUGUACUGUAAUUCAAAGAUGUGUACUUUAAUUCACAUAUUUUGUCGAUGGUUUUGUGAGUUGUUUGAGAGGAUGUUUUGUUGAAAGAUUAGUUUUUGAUUCUGUAAUCUGUUCUUUGUUCACGAAUUUUUACAUCUAGCUGGUCCAAAAAGUUACAUUAAUAAUCAUGUUUAUUGUGAUAUUACUUUGGACAUAAACCAGGAGCAACAUUUUCUUAUCCCAUACUUUAUUGGUCCACAUCCGUACCAGUCGAAAAUACUGAGUUCACGUCCCUCCUUAGCCUCUUGUUUUGAUUUAGGAUCAUCAUGUAUUCCUUCACCUCUCAUUGACAGUUGUGAUAUGAUGCAUAAAUCUUUUUUAUUCUGUUUAAAACGCUAUAAAUGUCACAUUCGAAUGUAAUUUUGUUUGUUAGCAAAUAUAGUCUGGGCAGAUUAUCGAUGAAUAGGCCAUUUUUGGGAAAAGUUAUUUAUUCUUUUUCUCAUGAUCAUCUUUCAGUGCGUCACAGUUUUUCGAUUUCUUUCUAACGCAUUAAAUUGUAUGUGACAGAAAAAAGGCACGUCCGUGAUUACAGACAUUUACAACAUUUAUUCUAGUUAGUCUAGUUGUCGAUAGAUGGCGCCAUAAUAAAAAAAAAAUUUUUUAAUUAGAUAAUAAUAUUACAAAUAAUCUGUAUAAUUUAUAAGACUAUACAAAUCAAAGAAAAUACCAUUUUAUAAAUGCAAGAAACACAUUUGAUUUGUUUUUAUUCCAAAUUGAAAAUAAAAUGUGACAACUGUCAGAUUUAACUAAAAUGUCAUGUUAGAAUAAAUGUCAUAAAUGUGUAUUAUCACGGACUUACCCUUUUUCCUAUCAUUUGUUACGCACUGAAAAAUGCUCAUGAAAAGGACAAUACCAGCAAUUUUAUUGCUGGAAUCGAAUCUUAUGAUUCUAUAUAUUAAUAAUAUGUAUAGGUAUGCAAAGUUCGCAGAUGGCGUGCUACUUUUUUUAUAAACAAAAUGGCGCCUGAAAAUCAUGUUUUUUCAAUUUUUGCUCUAUAACUCCAAAUAUUUUAGCUUUACACCAAAAACACCCGAAUAAAAAUUCACCGUAAUUAAAUUCUGCAUAGAGACGUGUUUUUCCCAAUUUGCUUUCCCCGGAAAAUGAGGGUCGUCAGCGAAUCUGAGCAAAUAACCCUAUUGACUGCUAAUCUGAAUCUUUUUUGUAUUCUCAGCAAAACGUCCUGAUUAGUAACGUGGUCGGUAUAAGAUAUCUUCAGGAUUCAACGAUAAAGCAGGUGGCGUCUCUGAGAGUCCACGACUCAACUCCGUACAAGAGUAUGGGAAAUAUAUAACAUCGUAGUAACCUGUUUUUCAACCAAUUACAAAAAUUCUAGACUUGAUUAAAUAGCUUCUUCUACUUCCAGUGCUUAUCCUCUAGACCCAUCACAUAACUCAGCUGGCUACCGAUAAAAAAUUACACUCUACUGUCUAAAAUUUUUGACAUGAGAUCGUCUUCUACCAGGCCCCCAUUUAAUUCGUCAUUUUUUUUAUUAGUUGGAGAACGGAGAAGACUUCAUUUUGUUUUCCAUAAUCUGGCUCUAAUAUACAAGUUUAAUGGAGUAUCUUGUUAAAAAUUUCCUGUUCUUUUUGCAUAAACUAUACUAUUAUAUUUGCCACAUGAUAGACAUACAACAUUGCUAGAGAAUAUUAGACUCCGUAAGAUUCCAUGCUUCUGUACAAUCCAACAGUAAGGAAUGAUAUCUCUUCCGAGUGGUCCCAAUCCUGAUUUGGGCUACAUCACAGAUAGACAUUUCUUGUUUUGUGGCAGGAUCAUAUCAUUAAUGUAAUACAAGCCAAAAACCUACUUUUGGUUAUUAAAAAAAGGACAUGGUCUAGUUUAAGUGUAACUGUAGAUACCGCAUUAUAAAAAAAGAUACCAUUUGUAAUAUCAAUCACUGAUCGGCAGGAGAUCAGCAGAAUUGUAUUUAUUAGGACUUUAUUUCUAUAUUUAACGAUUUUUUUAUUUCAAUGUUCCAGUAUAUUGUUUAAACUUAAGAAUUAAAUGUGUCCUUUUUACUAUUUUAAAACUAUGAAAGUUGUUUAAGUUGUGAUAUUAGGCAAUCUAGAGUUACUACAAGAUUUGAUUUUAGUCGUUUUAAGUGAUCUUGUAACUAUCUAUAACUUGAAUUCAUUCCAGCAUGUAAGAGUUUGUUCUUUGAUGAUGUUUGAAGCCGUUAUACUAUUCUACAGUAAGCGCCACGCUUCUAGACACAUGGGUAGGUACCUAAUUGAUAUACUUAUGGGCUAAUCCGGUCCGUUCUCAGAUGUGACUUUCACGUCUGUCAUGUUUCUGUCAAGAAACAUUCAAAUUAAUUAUUUUCCAUAUACAAGAUACAUUAAUUAAUUGUAUUGUUACUCUGCUUUAAAAUAACUUUCUUCAAAUACCCUGAAUAUUACACUUAUAAACCUUACCUUUAAAACUUUUACAACUUUAACACAAUGACAACUAUAAACGUGAAAUACAGUUUUUCAAUUAACUGUCAACUUUCUAUGUUAAUAUUCGGUUUCUAUACAUUUUCUGACGUUCUAAACGUCACUAUACAUAAAAGUAAACAGUGUAACAAGUGCAGGGUCCCAGGACUGUAUUAGCUCAAUAUUCUUGUGUGUCUAGUAGGGUGGCGGUUACUGUAUAUCUAAUUUCACUUUAUUCCGUGUUGUUUGAUAAGUUUGUACUUACAAUGGAUUUUCAACUGUUUUAUACACCAGAUUUGUGGAGAAACAUUAAUCAAUUAAACACUAGCAUACGUUUAAUUGUAAUGUCUAUUUCAGUGCCUAUCUUGUAAUAUAUAAUUCGUUAAGCUUUUAUUCUUGUGCUAUGAUACUUUAUUUGCUAUACUUACUUUAUGAUAGUAUAUGAAUGAAGCUACCAAUCUAUUGUGAACGUCAUACUAGAGGUAACUGGAUAGAUAACAGGAAGGCAGUGGCGGAUCCAGCAUCGUCAAGAGGAGGGCCGAUUGACUAAAUUUCUAUGAAAAAUAAAUGAAUGGUUUUAUAAUCUUUAUAUAUAACUUGGUUUGCGAGGGGUGACCGAUCGCCGCCAUCGCCCUCCCCUGGAAGGAAAUGUUUGACUGUUAUGUGCGUCAUAGACAGAUGACAUGUGGCAGUUAACAGAUGAAAAUCAUAAUAGACACCUUAGGUGACCUUAGUAUGCUAAAAAUUGAAUUUUCUGGCCAGUGAGUUUAUUUGAGACAUAAAUAUUUCAAGGUUUCGCUGUGGUAGUCAUCUGUGUCUAAGGGUGCGUUCACUACGGAGACCAAAGGAUGGUAUCCUAGCCUAGAGCAUGGUAUCGUACUCUUCAUAUUCGUGAAUUCUCGCAUUUAAAAUAAUGUAUUUAUUUUACCUAGCGAUCGAAACUAUAUUAUCGAUCGCUAUGUAAAAUAAAUGCAUUAUUUUAAAUGCGAGAAUUCACGAAUAUGAAGAGUACGAUACCAUGCUCUAGGCUAGGAUACCAUUCUUUGGUCUCCGUAGUGAACGCACCCUAAUGUAAUGAUCCUGUUAAAUAUAUUUAUGGUCUCAUUCAUAUUUAUUUUGUUCCUUUUUUCAUAAAAUAAUAUUUAUGUAUUUUUGAAUUAUUUUUUAAGUUGACAUUAGUGCAAUCAAAUAUUGACAAACGUACAUAUAGUCGAUUCACAGCAACACCCCAAGUAGCAAUUUUUCGACGCAUUGGUUGUCAGUACAAACAAAUGCACUGUAUAUAACGUUGCCCGAGAGCAUUUUCAGUUGUUUCGGCCAACGACCCCUAACCCGACUGACAUUACGAUGUUACAACGUUAAGUAAUAUCUUUAGUUAUAUGGGCAACUAAGUUAUUACUAUUGUGACAACUACAUAUCACAGUCAAGUUUUUUCAACAAUCGCAACUACUUAAAAACGUUAUAAUGCUAAACUAAUUUACGCCCAUGGGUUUUCUGGCCGACUAGGUAGUUGUCUCUCACGACCACAGGGCCUUUACGUAUAGUUCUGUAGAUAUGUGACACGUUUACGGCAACUUCAGGAGCAAAAAAAGAAUUUACUUUAUAACCUUACUUUUUUCUUAUUAUUUUAUAUUUUAUUUUGCUGGAAAUUUUCGAUUUAUUUAACAACCUGUUUAUUUGUUUUUUAUUAGCUGGUUUCUCCAUUGUCCAUUGUUUUAUCAGUAGAUUUGAUAUUUGAUAAGCUCUAAUCUUUGUAUCAGCUUUGCUAGACAGGGUUGCCAGGCCAGUUCUUACUCUUUCAGUACUAUAUCCGUUGCAAGAUAAUUUGGCUGAAACUCCGACAAAAUAUGUACUUUUUGUACAUAUUUUGUCUGAAUUCCAUCCGAAUUAUCUUGCAGCGGAUAGUAGUUUUCCUUUCAAAAAAUCAAUAGAAAUACAGUAAAAUCUGUGUUAACGGUUACCUGUCAAAAUCGCCCGAUUUCAUAAUCAACUUAAAGUAAACAUUAAGUAAAGUCCGUGAAGUAAAGUUCACUUUAAAGUUGACAUUUACCCAUAUAUGAAUUGUGAUAAAGGUAGAGGUACCAACUUACUUAAAAUUUAAAAAACUGAUUAUGAAACCGAGCGUUACAAUCAUUUUGAAAAUUCUCCAAACCAAUUAUAUGAAGAUUUCCUUAUUUAGAUCUGGUAUUUACCAGUUUCAUUUCUAGACAAGGCGAAAACGGCGGGUUCGAAAUUUGUUUGCAUAAUCACAUUCGUGAGACAUCCCAGAAUAAGGUUCAAGAAGUCGCCCAAGUGAAAAGUGGGCCAUUUUUUUUAACAAUUUUUUUUUAAUCAAAUUGCAAGAAUCAAUAUUUUUGGCCCGAGCAAUUUUUUCUUUAAUUUUUUGGACCAUUCUGGACAAAAAAGGUCUCUAAUAAUUUUUCUCUAAAGUUGAUCGUUUUCGACUUAUAAGCAAUUUAAAAUUGAAAAAAACGAAAAAUGGCGAUUUUCAAGGCUUAAUAACUCGGUUAAAAGUUAUUAUUAUGAAAGUCAAUAUAUGACUAAAUCAAAGUUUGAAGCCCCCCCUACAAGAUCCUGAAGAAAUUUUCGUCAUUAUUUUAUUACUAAGCUGUUAUUUUUAAGUAAUAAUAAUAAGCGCCAUUCACGUGUGCGGGGCUGUAAAUGCUGAGUGCGAGAGAGAAGCUAUUCCAGCAGUCCUCGCACUCACAUUUACAGCAGCGUCAAUACGAUACAACCACUCAUUGUUAUUAAUUAAAAAUAACAGCUUAGUAGUAAAUUAAUGAAACAGAUUUCUUCGGGAUCAUGUAACGGUGACUUUAAACUUUGAUUUAGUCACUUUCUGACUUUCAAAAUAAUAAUUUUUGACCGACUUAUUAAGCCUUAAAAAUGGCCAUUUUCGCGUUUUUCAAAUUUUAACUUGCUUCUAACUCGAAAAAGAUCAACUUUAGAGAAAAAUUAUAAGAGACCUUUUUUGUCCAGAAUGGUCCAAAAAAUCUAAAAAAAAAUUAGUCCGGGCCAAAAUAUUUAUUUUUGCAAUUUGAUUAAAAAAAAUUGUUAAAAAAAAUUGGCCCACUUUUCUCGUAGGCGACUUCUUGAACCUUAUUCUGGGAUGUCUCACGAAUGUGAUUAUGCAAAAAUAUCUCAUGGGAAUAUUUUCCCAACGAACCCGCCGUUUUCGCCUUGUCUAUUCUCUGUCCAUCUAUUAUCAUCAUCUACGUCCUGAAUCUUAUUUUCGGUAAUGACAUUGGGAAAUUGUAACAAAAUGUCUGAAAAUUAAUUUAGAAAUAGGGUGAAUACUAUUAAAAAGCAAAUUUUAUUUUAGUGAUAACAAAAUAUUGAAAUAUACCAAACAUCUAAUAAAAAACAUUGCCUACUAGAAUUUUUUAAAUAAUAUCAAAAAUAUACCAAAACAGUAGAUAUCUACUAAAUGUGGCAACGCUGUUAAGGAGAAUGAUGCACUUCAUUGCACUGGUCACAAUGACCUCUGUCACAGCAUAGAAAACGCAACAGCAGUGACACACUAGUAGGCGGGAAAAGUUCGCGCACUAUUACUGCGCAGAUCGUCGGCCAUUUUGUGCGUAGUACAGACAAUGUAGAAAAUCGACAGUGUUGCCGAUUUGUACAUAAUUAUCAGAUUUACUUAACUUUUAUGACAUUCAUAUUUUUUAACAUAAUUUUAUACGUAUGCCUGUGGGAAUUAUGUCAAUAAUUGGGACAUAACACAAAAUAUUGACGAUGAAUGGCGAUUGUAUUGUUAAUCUUUUGCAUAAAUUCCAGAAAUUAUUCAAAAAGAAUCUCUUACGGGUAAUAUAGUUGGUGACAUCGGCAACACUGAUGAACCAACACAUCACAUCACCACUGAGAUGUACUACGCGAAAAAUGGCGACCCUGUACUUUUCAACUUCAAAGGCGGCAUCAGGGAGUGUCCUUGCUGGUUUCGUUUAUUAUGCUGUGCCUCUGUCACCCAAUAAGAGAGUGCGUUCUAAAGUGGUUGGGAUAGUCGGUCGCCGUGUUUGGUCGGCGAUUGGACUUCUCGGUUGUCUCAUCCGUCUAUGGUUGGCAAUAAGGUAUAUUUUAAGUAAUAUUGGUAAUGUUGUUUAAUGCACCAUUUUGGUUUUUUUGGGAUGUAAAGAAAAUAAAAACACAAAAUAUAAAAAAUGCAGGCAUUUUCUAAUACCUUUAAAAGCACCAUCAAUACAUUAAAUUUAUACAAAACAUCUUUAACAUAAAUUCUGGCUUUUAUAUUAAAAUUAGAUUUUUUAAAUUUACAUAUUUUUUGUUAAAAAGGUGAUAAAAAAUGAGCGCGUGUGUUUUUUAAAGGUGGAAUAUCCAUAUUUGACGGUAAUCUGAGAUGCGUUUAUAAAUUUCACAUCAGGUAAUUUUGUUUAAGUCCUUAUUUAUGUAAUUAUAUAAAUUUAAAUACCUGAUAUGAUGUCAAAAUAGUUUACUUUUUAUAUAGGUAAAAAAACAUAACCAGUCCGACUCUUUGAGCAACCAUUGCACGCAGGCACUUUUUAUAGUCGCUUCAGUUGUCUUAUGCAACGCUUAAGGUUGCCUAGGCAACGUCAAGACAACUCAAAAAUCGUCCACCAAAUUAGUGCAGAAUUGGGUCGUCUUCUAGGCAAUAACAACGUUGUGACAAAACGUUGCCACGCGGUAGACAACGUUGUCGCGUCGACAAAUUGCUACUUGGGACAUGGAUAGACACUAGUGGUAAUUUUAGGAUUUCGUUUAAUGUUUCGUCAAUGUCCUAUUGUUGUUAUGAGAAGUCUAUAUGUUUCGAAUUGAUUUAAAAUGGUUUAUAGACAUGUAUAUUUUAAAUUGUUUGUAUGUUUUUUACAAAGAACUGUAUUUACUACCAUUCCAGUUUUUAAAAUGUUUUUAUUAUAUUAAAAAAAUAAAUUAUAGGACUUAGUAAUCGAGGAAAUCAACAAUAAUGACAUUGUUUAACUGUAUGUUUAACGAAAACAUAUUUUAAUAAUUAUAACCAUCAUAUUAUCAGUCUAAAGCAUGUUUAUCUCUUUCAGCUUAUUCACUUCCUUAUUAAAUAUCCAAAUUUAUGAUUUUAUUUGUGCUCAUUCAUUCCAUCAGCAGUGUUGUAUUUCACCACGGAAGUGUGUAAGAUAUUCUAGUCAUCCUGCUAAUAUUGCCCGACGUACUAAUUGAUUUUAUUACCUUAUCAAAUUGUUGAUUUUCUUAUAAUUAUUAUCGAUAUAUUUCAUUAUGUUGCUAGUCAAAAAAAUCAUUCGAUUUAUUUUUUUUACUGUGAAAUAUAUAGCCAAUUUUACACGUACUCAACUAGAGUUAAGGUAAAAUCACUUAUUGUUUACAGCUAAUGAAUUAGUGUCUUUAUAUUUGUAUUUAAUAAAUUGAUACAUAAUGCA